UACACGCGCGGAUCAUCUACAAUUUCAGCUUUCACACGCUCGCACUGCUCCCGUCGUCCUAUUUAGCGCUCAUAAACCAAAUCCACCCGACAAAAACUCUAUUCUCUCCCUCUAAGAAUACUUAAGAAAUGGUGUCACCGACAACAAGAGUGACAUUUCGGCUGGUGGUGGCGAUUCUGGUAGUAACGCUCGUCCUCUUCUACGCCGGCCGCCCUCUCUACUGGAAAAUCUCCGCCACUGUUCAAGAGAUCCGGGAGAACAAACGCACCGUCAAACAAGGCAUUUCUCAGUUUGUUUACGAAGCGCAGAAAUCGGUUGGCUGGUUUCACGACGAGUCCGAUUCUGGAGCCCGCGAGAAUAGGAGAGCGAGGUCACUCUUAAUUUAAGCUUUUUAGGUAAUUAUUAUCAACUGAAAGCUUUUUAAAAUAAAUUGCUUGGUUUGAGUAGAUCUGCUUCUUUGUUUGCUCUUGUUGCAGCAUCCGUAAUCGGAAUCCAAGGAUUUUAUUGAAAUGAUAGUCAAACAUGCAGCCCGAUUUAUUUAUUUAUUUACUAUUUUGUUGUGCUGAA